UGUGGUGCCCUGGAUGGGGGAGGGCGUCCCGCUGUGCGACUCCGGUCGGUGCCUGAGGUCCCCAAGUGCGCGCGCCACUGAUCGCGCCCGGGGUUGCCGUGGGUUUGUUUGCGCUGUGUGUGUGUGUGUGUGUGUGUCCGUCCAAGUAGGGGCAGAGUGGUUGUGCAUUACAUGUGUGUGUCAGUGCCUGGGGAUGAGUCUCUUGUGUGUCUGUUUGGACAGUGUGUGCGCAUAGGGGUUUGCUAUGUGCGCGCAGAUCUGGAGGUGAGUGUGUGUGUGUCUGGGUUUGUGUGUGUGUCCUCAAGCAUGUGUGCGUUUGCCUCUGAGUGUGAUGAGUGUGUAAAUGCCUGUGUGUGUGUGUCUGGUGUGGGGGGGUGUCUAGGUCUGUGGGACUCGUGAGUUUGUCUCUGGUUUGGUGUGAGCAUGCAAAUGAGUGUGUAUGUGUCAGCGUGUAGGCCUGUGUGUCUGUCUCCUUGGAUUGUCUGUGUAUGUAUGUGAGUGUGUGUUUCUGUGUGUGUAGGCCCCGGGUGCGUGUAUUUGUGUGUCCGCGUGUUUCUCUGUCUUGUCCCGUGUGUGCGCGUGUAAAUGAGUGUGUGUUUACACAUGUCUGGAGUGUGUGGUUGUGUGUCUCCAUGUGUUUGUCUCUGGGUGUGUGAGUGUGCACUGAGCCUGUCGGCGUGUGUGUCUGCGGUGGAGGCGUCCUGGCGUCUUUUGUGGGUCUGCAGUGCCCGAGCGCCGGUCUCUGGUUGUGCGGGGUGUGUGUGUCGCUGCCAGUGUGUGUUUGUGUGUCUGGGUGUGGGAGUGGCGCCGCCCACUUCCCCUGAGUUGGUCACUGAGGCCACAGCCGUCUGUCUCAGGGUGUCUCCAGCGGUCGGGCUCAGGGCCUUUAAUUAGCGGCCGGUUGUGGGGGACCAGCUCGGGCGCCGGCCCCCUCCUCCUGCAGGCCCCGGCUGGGCCUUUGUCUGCUCUCAGGCAGGGGCUGCCUCCUGCUGGCCCGGCCAGAUGUGCAGCCGAGAGGAGGCCGGCAGGCUGGGGCCUCUGCCUGGGGAGACUCGGCCUUGGCCUCCACGGGGGACCCUCCGUCGGCCUUGUCCCCUCAGCCUGGCCGGAGAGGUCUGGGUGUGGAGCUUAGCGUCCCUUCAGGAUCCCCGGGAUGGGAUGGGACGGGACCCAGCCUCUGUUUCUAAGCCACUUCCAUUUCCCGGAGGCAUUUCCUCCUCCAGGCCUGGCACCCUCCCCGACGCUGGCCACCUCCCUCCUGCCUUUGGGGAGGAGGGGCUGGAGGAAUGGCCAGGCCUGGGUACACACACACACACACACACACACAGGGUCACACACACAUGCUGUAAUGCACAUGCAGUCACGCACACACACAGGGUCACACACACAAGCCAUAAUGCACAUGCAGUCACACGCUCACAGUCACACACAGGGUCACACACUCACAUACAUGCUGUAAUGUACAUGCAGUCACACACACACACGCCGCAGUGCAGAUCCCUCACUGACAUCCUGUUGGCCACCACCAUCUCUGUCCCUGAGCCUCUCUCAAGCUUCAUCUUCUGCCCCAGACCCACUGCCUUGUUCAUGUCCCCCCACCACCCGGUGCCCUGGGCUGUGUCACACCUCCCCACCACCCUGUGGGCUGGGCCCCAGCUCAGACACCUGUGAGCCUUCUGCAGACCUCCCUCCUCCCCCUACCCCAUACACUGUGCACAGGUGAGUCCCCUUCCCCUGUCCUCACCCCCUAUGCUGGGUCCUUCCACUAUGUCCCAAGCCUUGUCCCUCAUACCCCUCCUGAGCCCAAAGCACAGAAGGGGGUGUGAGGGUUUUGGGAGGAGCGCCUCACUUCAGAGGACAGUGAUGAGGACUGAGGGUCUUAGGGGGACCGGGACAGACCCAAAGACACUCUAGACAAGAGCAGAGAGAGCCCCUGAAGGACGAGGACAGGGCACCAGGCCUGGCAGUGCAAGAACAGGAGAGGAGGGAGGGAGCCAAUGGGAGAAAGGGGUGAGGUCCCUGCUUCACUUGCAAUGAGAAUGUUGCCACCUUUCGGGGGUGGCUCAGGGCAGGAGCAGGGGUCAGAGGUGCCCAACCAGGAAGGGCCUUGAUCUGGGAGCUGGUUGACACUUCCAAAGGAAUAGGGGAGAAGAAGCAAGAAGAGAGGGAGAGGGAGAGGAGGUAGGUUUUUGUUGGAGGGGGUUCAUUAGGAACAGAAGAAAGAAGAAGUCUAAGAGGAAGUUCUCCAGGGGCAGAGAGAGGGUCAGAAUUUCCUCAGCGAUCCCUCAACUACAGACCCAGCUCAGUGCUGAAGACCAGCCCGGCUCCUCUUCUUUGACCCCUCCCUGCCCAGGCUCCAAAGAAGAAGAAACCAAGGCCCAGAGAGGCCCAGGUGCAGGGAGCAGGCGAGGGAAGGAUCCAUACAGGGGCCCAACACCACUCCACCAACUGAAGCCCCCAAAAGGAGCCCGGUGAUGCUGCGCAGGCUGUGAACAGGGGAGGCGGCACUGUGGGGGCUGCCGGCAGCCGGGGCUGGGGAGAGACAUGUGGACACGUGGCCUCUAUGGCUCCCGCCUGCCAGAUCCUCCGCUGGGCCCUCGCCCUGGGGCUGGGCCUCAUGUUCGAGGUCACGCACGCCUUCCGGUCUCAAGAUGAGUUCCUGUCCAGUCUGGAGAGCUAUGAGAUCGCCUUCCCCACCCGCGUGGACCACAACGGGGCACUGCUGGCCUUCUCGCCACCUCCUCCCCGGAGGCAGCGCCGGGGCACGGGGGCCACAGCCGAGUCCCGCCUCUUCUACAAAGUGGCCGCGCCCAGCACCCACUUCCUGCUGAACCUGACCCGCAGCUCCCGUCUACUGGCAGGGCACGUCUCCGUGGAGUACUGGACACGGGAGGGCCUGGCCUGGCAGAGGGCUGCCCGGCCCCACUGCCUCUACGCUGGUCACCUGCAGGGCCAGGCCAGCAGCUCCCAUGUGGCCAUCAGCACCUGUGGAGGCCUGCACGGCCUGAUUGUGGCAGACGACGAAGAGUACCUGAUUGAGCCCCUGCACGGUGGGCCCAAGGGUUCUCCGGGCCCGGAGGAGAGUGGACCACAUGUGGUGUACAAGCGUUCCUCUCUGCGUCACCCCCACCUGGACACAGCCUGUGGAGUGAGAGAUGAGAAACCGUGGAAAGGGCGGCCAUGGUGGCUGCGGACCUUGAAGCCACCGCCUGCCAGGCCCCUGGGGAAUGAAACAGAGCGUGGCCAGCCAGGCCUGAAGCGAUCGGUCAGCCGAGAGCGCUACGUGGAGACCCUGGUGGUGGCUGACAAGAUGAUGGUGGCCUAUCACGGGCGCCGGGAUGUGGAGCAGUACGUGCUGGCCAUUAUGAACAUUGUUGCCAAACUUUUCCAGGACUCGAGUCUGGGAAGCACCAUUAACAUCCUCGUAACUCGCCUCAUCCUGCUCACGGAGGACCAGCCCACUCUGGAGAUCACCCACCACGCCGGCAAGUCCCUGGACAGCUUCUGUAAGUGGCAGAAAUCCAUCGUGAACCACAGCGGCCAUGGCAAUGCCAUUCCAGAGAACGGUGUGGCUAACCAUGACACAGCAGUGCUCAUCACACGCUAUGACAUCUGCAUCUACAAGAACAAACCCUGCGGCACACUAGGCCUGGCCCCAGUGGGCGGAAUGUGUGAGCGCGAGAGAAGCUGCAGCGUCAAUGAGGACAUUGGCCUGGCCACAGCGUUCACCAUUGCCCAUGAGAUCGGGCACACAUUCGGCAUGAACCAUGACGGCGUGGGAAACAGCUGUGGGGCCCGUGGUCAGGACCCAGCCAAGCUCAUGGCUGCCCACAUUACCAUGAAGACUAACCCAUUCGUGUGGUCAUCCUGCAGCCGUGACUACAUCACCAGCUUUCUAGACUCGGGCCUGGGGCUCUGCCUGAACAACCGGCCCCCCAGACAGGACUUUGUGUACCCAACAGUGGCGCCGGGCCAAGCCUACGAUGCAGAUGAGCAAUGCCGCUUUCAGCAUGGAGUCAAAUCGCGUCAGUGUAAAUACGGGGAGGUCUGCAGCGAGCUGUGGUGUCUGAGCAAGAGCAACCGGUGCAUCACCAACAGCAUCCCGGCCGCCGAGGGCACGCUGUGCCAGACGCACACCAUCGACAAGGGGUGGUGCUACAAGCGGGUCUGUGUCCCCUUUGGGUCCCGCCCAGAGGGCGUGGACGGAGCCUGGGGGCCUUGGACUCCGUGGGGCGACUGCAGCCGGACCUGUGGCGGCGGCGUGUCCUCUUCUAGCCGUCACUGCGACAGCCCCAGGCCAACCAUUGGGGGCAAGUACUGUCUGGGUGAGAGAAGGCGACACCGCUCCUGCAACACGGAUGACUGUCCCCCUGGCUCCCAGGACUUCAGAGAAGUGCAGUGUUCUGAAUUUGACAGCAUCCCUUUCCGUGGGAAAUUCUACACGUGGAAAACGUACCGGGGAGGGGGCGUGAAGGCCUGCUCGCUCACGUGCCUAGCAGAAGGCUUCAACUUCUACACGGAGAGGGCGGCAGCCGUGGUGGACGGGACACCCUGCCGUCCAGACACAGUGGACAUUUGCGUCAGUGGCGAAUGCAAGCACGUGGGCUGCGACCGAGUCCUGGGCUCCGACCUGCGGGAGGACAAGUGCCGAGUGUGUGGUGGUGACGGCAGCACCUGCGAGACCAUCGAGGGCGUCUUCAGCCCAGCCUCACCUGGGGCAGGGUACGAGGAUGUCGUCUGGAUUCCCAAAGGCUCUGUCCACAUCUUCAUCCAGGAUCUGAACCUCUCUCUCAGUCACUUGGCCCUGAAGGGAGACCAGGAGUCCCUGCUGCUGGAGGGACUGCCCGGGACCCCGCAGCCCCACCGCCUGCCCCUGGCUGGGACCAACUUUCAGCUGCGACAGGGGCCAGACCAGGUCCAGAGCCUCGAAGCCCUGGGACCGAUUAAUGCAUCUCUUAUCGUCAUGGUGCUGGCCCGGACCGAGCUGCCCGCCCUCCGCUACCGCUUCAAUGCCCCCAUCGCCCGUGACUCGCUGCCCCCCUACUCCUGGCACUAUGCGCCCUGGACCAAGUGCUCGGCCCAGUGUGCAGGCGGUAGCCAGGUGCAGGCGGUGGAGUGCCGCAACCAGUUGGACAGCUCCGCGGUCGCCCCCCACUACUGCAGUGCCCACAGCAAGCUGCCCAAAAGGCAGCGCGCCUGCAACACGGAGCCUUGUCCGCCAGACUGGGUUGUAGGUAACUGGUCGCUGUGCAGCCGCAGCUGCGAUGCAGGCGUGCGCAGCCGCUCGGUCGUGUGCCAGCGCCGCGUCUCUGCCGCGGAGGAGAAGGCGCUGGACGACAGCGCAUGCCCGCAGCCGCGCCCACCUGUGCUGGAGGCCUGCCACGGCCCCACUUGCCCUCCUGAGUGGGCGGCCCUCGACUGGUCUGAGUGCACCCCCAGCUGCGGGCCGGGCCUCCGCCACCGCGUGGUCCUUUGCAAGAGCGCAGACCACCGCGCCACGCUGCCCCCGGCGCACUGCUCACCCGCCGCCAAGCCGCCGGCCACCAUGCGCUGCAACUUGCGCCGCUGUCCCCCGGCCCGCUGGGUGGCUGGCGAGUGGGGUGAGUGCUCUGCACAGUGCGGCGUCGGGCAGCGGCAGCGCUCCGUGCGCUGCACCAGCCACACGGGCCAGUCGUCGCACGAGUGCACGGAGGCCCUGCGGCCGCCCACCACGCAGCAGUGUGAGGCCAAGUGCGACAGCCCAACCCCCGGGGACGGCCCUGAAGGGUCUCGCUCUGUCGCCCAGGCUAGAGUGCAGUGGUGCCACCAUAGCUCACUGCAGCCUCCACCUCCUGGGCUCAAGCAAUCCUCCAGCCUCAGCCUCUUGAGUAGCUGGGACUACAGAGUGCAAGGAUGUGAACAAGGUCGCCUACUGCCCCCUGGUGCUCAAAUUUCAGUUCUGCAGCCGAGCCUACUUCCGCCAGAUGUGCUGCAAAACCUGCCAGGGCCACUAGGGGGCGCGCGGCACCCGGAGCCACAGCUGGCGGGGUCUCCGCCGCCAGCCCUGCAGCGGGCCGGCCAGAGGGGGCCCCAGGGGGGCGGGAACUGGGAGGGAAGGGUGAGACGGAGCCGGAAGUUAUUUAUUGGGAAUCCCUGCAGGGCCCUGGCUGGGGGAUGGAGAGGGGCUGGCUGUCCCCCUAGGGCCCCUCUUCAGCAUCCCCCCCUUCCAGUUCACAUAGUGAGACCCCCUCCAGGGUGGGUCUGGGAGGGGACAGCUGUUCACCCCAGCAUCCUUUGCACCCACCCUUAGGGAGUCCUCAACACUCCCCCCCUCCUUUGAUCGGAAUACGUACUGUGAAGAGUAGGGGUGGGGAGGGGGUCUGCCGGUGCCCUGCCCCCCAGCACUGCCCUACCCCUCCACUCCGAGCUGGGGGGGAGUCUGUGUCUGCUAUGGGAGAGGGGGGUAGCACCACCUCCCUGACACCCUCCCCUGACCUGACCAGGGGGAGGAUCCACCCCAACCUCUGCCCUGCCUGCCCCAGGGGCACCCCGACAUCCAGGCCACCCCCUCAUGGUGCUACAGACCCUGCCCUGGGGCCCACACACUCCUGCCAGGAAGCCCCUACAUCAGUAAAGUUCUGUCUUGUGUAGAUUUCUACGAA